AACAUUUUUUCCGUAUUUCAGGGAAACUGAAAAAAAAAACUACACAUUUAACACGACACGCCGAAAAAAUGACUUGUAUACGACUGAUCUUGAGUGUAGCGUAUCUUACUCUGAAUAGUUGUUAUACACGCUGCUACGGUCUUCACACGAUAAGGCCACAAUCUACUGAUAAACACAAUGUGAACACAACGGAAGGUCAUGUUCUCGGUACCUCACAAGAAGAACGUGAAACGUACAGUAAUGAAUCGUCCGAGGUAAAUGAUUCACAUGGCUUGCGACUGGGAACUUUGCUUCAACAUUCCGCAUCUUUCGCCGAGAAAGUCUUGCUUAUAAAACAAAGGAAAGAGAAGAUUGAACCCUCUUAUCAAUGGGAGACGUUACGGAGCCUACUCCAGAGCGAAAGCACAGCGUCAUCCUCUUCUUCAGAAACAGAUGAAAUAAUUAAGAUUUUUGUGGACGGAGAGAAACCCGAAGGGCCGUUCGAACAUAUAUGGCGAAGUUCAGGUUUAUGUCCUCCGGAUCCUCACAGCGAUGCGCACUUGUUUCUACUGAGUCAAGACGAACUUCAGAAUUUGGCCCUGAUUGGUUCUCUCCCCAACGACGGCAUUGCGCAAGUUCGUAUCCAUUGGCUUCUAGAUCUUGUAAAUGCCACUGUCGAUGACUUGGGACCGAAGUACAACUACACGCAUCUUGACAGCUUCAUGAACCGUCUCAGACAGUUCAACUUGAAGCCAGGAUUUGAAAUUAUGGGAAAUCCCGGAGACAUCUUCACCGACUUCGAAAACGUCACUCAGGUCACGUGGUGGCGUCGCCUAGUAGCUCAGACGGCAAGGAGGUACGUAGAAAAAUACGGCCUGGAAUGGGUGGCGUCCUGGAACUGGGAAACCUGGAAUGAACCGGAUCACCACGACUUCGAUUCGUUGAAUUUUACUCUUCAAGGUUUUCUGAAUUAUUACGACGCCUGUCGGAUGGGUUUGGACGAUGUUUCUCCAGAGAUCGUGUUUGGUGGGCCCGGGGGCUCUUGUCGGGACCCAAAUUUUUCCAAAAUUUGCUGGGCUCUCCUACACCACUGUAACAACGGAUCGAGCAUUUUCACGCCUGGAGUGCCACCCGGGAUUGAUUUCAUUUCGUUCCACAAAAAAGGACAGCAGGAUGCUGACACCAUCUUGGAAAAGGAGCUUCCCACCGUUGCUCAUAUUUACGACCAGUAUCCUGCCUUGCGUCAAGUCCCUGUCAUGAACGACGAAGCGGAUUUCGAAGUAGGCUGGUCCAAGGGGAGGGAGUGGAGGGCUGAUGUGCGCUACGCUGCUCUGGCUGUGAGGUCGGUCUACAUCCAUCAGCUGGCGAAGUCUCGCCUUCCCCAUUUCAAGUAUUCUCUCAUGAGCUUCGACAACGCCUUCCUCAAUUACCGCCCUUCGUUCUUCGAUCAACGGACCAUCUUAACGAGAUUCCAAAUCAACAAUACCACCCCUCACCAGGUACAUUUUGUAAAGAAGCCAGCUUACACCAUCAUGGCGCUCUUGUCGCUACUGGGAGAUCGAAUGCUCAGCUAUACGGAGAGCUUCAAAGAUAAAAGAUUAUCAGUGUUAUCAACAUGUAGACACUGCGUUGUGGCGAAUUCGGUAGACCCGGUGUCAGCCCGAGAUGCUCUUAUAGAAAGGGAUGCCACGAGAGCAAUGGAAAUUGACAGUCAAUCUCCGGAAUUGGUUAGAAGGGCGGGAGACGUCGAGGAAGACCCGACGCUGGCUACGGGGAGCCGUAAAUCGUCGGGUACCGGAGAAGAAUUACUAAAAGAACACGAUCACAAGAGACCGGGCGAUCUUCGUGAGAACCCAGUCACCACCCGGAUAGUCGCAUCGGAUAACAAAAGAGCAUCGGUGACGAGCGCUUCCUCAGAAGGUUCUAGAACGCGACCAGACGAUGGUGAAUAUUUCAGUUACUCCGUUACGUCAGGCGGAGGGAGUCGGAGGGGCUCCGCAUUAUUAUCGUCUGAACUGAGGAAAAUAAAGUCGAAUGAUCAGUCUGUUUCUGGAGGGCCGUGGGAGGCAACUCUUCUUCUCUCGCUUUCCAAUGGAACGGAGAAGAACGAAGAUGAGAUCUUGAAAGUGAAGGUUUCCUUUGCUCUCCCUGAGUUCCUUGUGGGGAAAAAUCUAAGCCUGGCAACGUACCGGUUGACUGCUGACGUAAAGGGUCCUUACGAGGCUUGGCUGGAACUUGGCAGUCCGAUUGAGCCCAACCGAACAGAGUUAGCUUACAUAAGAUCAUUCGAGGGAGCCGUCCGGGAUGGUCCUCAAAGGCUACAGGCUGUUCCUCCAUCCUUAGAUUUUAAGGUGAACUUAACGAUGCCAAGUGUUCUUUUUAUUCAUCUCUGCGAAGAGAGUCAGGAGCUGCAGCCCGGACAGGUGACUAAUGUCAGCACUAUCAGCAUAACGAGUGCUGACGUCCUGAUCACGUGGUCUGAUGCCCUCAUCUCUACCAGGUGCGUUUGGUAUUACGAGGUGCAGAGAAGCCAGACCGACAAAAAUGGUCCAUAUCAAACCAUCAGCAACCAGGAUGUCACUGAUAACAAUUACACGUAUUCCUUACCGGAGAUAUCAGGAAGUGCAAAAGUUGACGGAUGGUAUCGUGUGAGGGUUGUGACGUACUGGGGUUCCACAGGCGCCUUCUCAGAGCCCUUCUACCAUAGUGUGUGAGCCUCCUGAACAGCAAAGUGUUGCAAGAUUUCAUGGAAGCAGAGUUGGAAAUUAUUCAGCGUCUAUGUAUUAAUAUAUUUUUGAGACACCUACAUUUUAAAAUUAUAACCUUAUUUUUCGAUCGCGAAAACGAGCUAUUAUAUAAUAUACUAAGAAGUGUUCUCAGUAUUUUGUGAAGUACAAACAACAGUAUUUUUGAAUGGAGAGUGGAGAAGCUACAGUUUUUGAAGGAUAUUCAAGACAAAGAUAAAAGAACAGCUCAUACAUUUUUGGUACAUUAAAAUAUUUCUCCUUCAGUAUCAUCUUUGAAAGGUUCAUUGCAUAAUUGUUGACAGGAUGUGUUUUUUUAUGCAAGAUGGGAUGAGUUUUAAUUGUUAAAACAGUUUCAGAUAGCAGUCAAGUGGAAGGUAUAAAAAAACAUUUCCACGGUAAAUCAAGUGCAAGUGACCUUUGGAACAUUGCGUAGCAAGGAAAGGAAUAAAAUCAGUGGAAAACUAUCAUAACAUUCAUUCAUAAAAAGAGAAACCCUGCAUAAAAAAUCCCACUAAGAAGUUCCCUCAUUUAAAAAGAAAAUUAAAGCUGUUCUCACAAAUAAAGUGAAGGCUGAGACUCCGCCUUCAACCAGAGUAGGAGACUAUAGCCUUUUGGAGAUCGUUUUUGCCACAAGAAAAACUCGACACAAAACUAACGUUUUUCUCCUCGACUGACGUCGAGAUUUUUAUCAUAAGAUUAAAAUGUUUUCGUUCUAUUUUCCUUCACAAAUAAUGACUUUGUUUGGAAACUCCUUCCUCGACUGCUAUGCAUGAUUGCCUUGCUUUAUCAAUGCAUUCAGUUUUUUGUGGAGCUAUUAUUAGCGAUGGUGUUGUAUUGAACUGAGAAGCAUAGGCUGAUAUUUGAUAAGGCUGAAUGCUCAACUGGUAAACAGAUUACUACUAUUACAACUAAUAAUAUAAUAAUAAGCUCAGAUAUAAAAUUCAUAUUCAGUAACAUUCAGCACUUGGAAAAAUGUGAUGAGACAGAACAAAUAAUAAUAACGUAAAGAAACAACAGGAAACGUAUCGAUAUGCUUAGGCCUACAUAUUGAUCACAAUCAAUUACACUUGGGAAUGUACGUAAUGAGUUAAGAAAGGUGCAUCAUAGCAUUCGUUUUUAUUUAGCUAAUGGAAAAUAGGUACUGUAAUUGUAUAUCUGCUUCCGUUCUCAACUGCCCUUACAAGUUCUGUCACCCUCUACAGUUAUCCUUGUUAUAUCGGAUCGGGUACUGGCAACGUAUUGAGUUACUCAUCCCCUCAUCCCAUUAUUGGUGUCUGUGUCAGCGAAAAAGAAGUAUCGUUCUCAUGAGAAUAUCUCGUUUUCAUCAUGUAAUUGAUUGAAUAAAACUUAAAGUCUUUGUAAUUGUAAUAUACAACCUUAUUAUACGACAUGCAUUAUGAACAGAAAACUUACCUUUCGUACGCAGUUUAACAACCGAUUUCCCCAGUUUGAUUGUUUCGAAGUUUCUGUCAUUCGGUGAAGAGCGUACGGCGACAAUUAUCCAGUAGGUACUGGAAUUAUUGAAAAUUUAUUUAUUUUUUCGAUGAAGAAUUAUGUUUCUGUAAAUUACCACUGAUUCACGACAUAGUAACUGAAGACCAAAAUAUCAUUUACCUUGUUUCUAGUUGCCUUCAGAAAACCUGACACAGUGAUUCGACUCUCCGUCUCCAGUCUCCUCGUGGAGGAGGUGAUGUACAGCCACUCGGUUGGGUUACAAGUGCUCACUGUUCUUUAAGUUCAAUGAUAUAGCUUUGAGGUCAGUCGUCAGUGCAAUGAUUACCAUUCUGAUACUAGACAGGCAAAAUAAUGACAAUUCAAAGCCCCCUUUCCUUCUUUGGUCCGUAAAGAUAGAACUUUUGUUGUGAUUGUUCUAAGUGUAGUGACUGAACUGACUUGAGGGCUACCCUGCCGGGUAGGCCAACUGUGUUGAAGUAGUUCAAGCUGCCAUUGCCGUUGUCAAGCGUUAGUCUAAGCACCAUCCUUCCAUCCGUUACAGAAAAUAAAUUAUUCUUGAUACCUGUUGAAGUGAGUACCUGUUACUGCCUACAUAAACUUAUGUAGCUUACCCUCAAUGUUUUUUUCCAUGUGUGCAUACUUGGACUUAAAUAAUUAUGUCACGGUAAAGAGGAAAAAAAAAAAAAACUACAUAAACCCCUGGAUAAAUUGGUUCCAGAAGCAAUGCUAACCGUUUAGCCAGCUCCCCUCCCCCCUCCCAAAAUGAGGUAAUGGUGUAAAGGCAGUUUGGGCUAUAUAUUUCAUUAGCCUAUUCUAAAUUAGGCCAGUUGCACUGUGUUAAUUACUAAGAAUGAUGUUUAAGAUUCAGAUAUUGAACUUUUCGACCCUUAUUGUUAAUAGAGUUUUAUGUAAAAAUUGGUUAUUAACAGGCCAUUAUCGGCGUUUAUUGUUUUCCCCAAAAUAAUCUGAAUGUGAACGAUUGACGGAACGUGUUACCAUGGAAUCAACUGAGGUUUAUAAAUGCUUGCGAAUCUUUCGCUUUUAGAAAAGAUUGGUUUGUAAAUCUCCGUUUUCAGGGUAGUACAUGUUUCAACGAACAAAUGAUUGUGAAUUACUAUUAUUAUUAACAUUAUAUCAGUCGAUAUAGGCUUGGCGUUGAAACUUCCGGAUUAUGUUCGUCAUAUUUUUCCCCAGAAACUAUACUUUUACAGUAUCUGUG